AUGUCAAUGAGUAAAACAGUUUUUCGAAGGGCAUUUGCAGCUAUGAGGAGUUGGAACGAAUCAGAGCUCGUAAUCGAUAGGAAAUCCAAAUUUCAAGGCAGAUGUGUGAAGAUUAACAACCAAGAUGAGAUACCUGGUAUUCUCCAGGAGCUUGUAGAUACCAACAAAGCCGUGUCUAAAGCGAGCCAUCCGCACAUGUAUGCUUGGAGGACCGGAGAGGUCGCGCAUGAAGAGGUCUCGACUGGAAAGAGAGGCAAAAAAGGUGUGAAAACGGAAACAACAGUUCGCGGUUUGCAGCAAGGCUUCCACGAUGGUGGAGAAGCAGGCGCUGGUCAGCGGCUACUCACUCUACUGGAGAGGAGCGGUUUAGUGAAUAUUCUCGUCAUAGUAACUAGGUGGUAUGGGGGUACACCUUUAGGAUCUGCAAGAUUUCGAAUGAUAGCUGCUGCCGCUGCUGAAAGCCUGAAGGCGGCAGAGGGAAAGUAA